GCAAGCACUCCGUCAUCCAGCUGCAUAAACCCUGCACGGAGGAAAUGAGUGUGCUUAAGCUCCUACCUUGUAAAUAAAGCUGACUGGACGAGAAUCUCAACUUGCUUUUUAACUUAUGUGCACCUUAGUAUUGUAUCCUUAACUAUUGGUCUGUUUUACUCUCGUAUCGCCUCUUGUUUCCUCGACCGUAAGCGAUUUACAUUCGGAAAAUCAGGACUAAGUAUUCCGCUACUUCAGCAUUUGGUGGAUAAUACGCAAUGACCUCAAGUUGGUAGGACUAAUGCUAGAGCAGAAAAGAGUUUUGUCCCGUGGAAAUCCCACCCUCGUAGUACUUAACCUUCGCCCCGGAUAGAUCCUCCUGUUGUCGCAGUCAUUUUAAGGAUACUGUACAGCUAACACGAAAAGCCUUACAUUUGUUCUUCUCUGACAAGUAUUCGAGCGUUGGAAAUAGAUAAAUCGAGUACCAAAGCCUUGCCGGUUCAGUCUUGAAGGUCACUUACACCAUCAAAGAGUUCUUUGAGACCACAUGAUCGUCUUCGAGUUCAAAGAUAGUGCCUUACAAUUUCCCUUAAACCCCCAAGACGUACCAUAAAAUGGCUGAGCAGGAGUCAUCGAAUAAUUCCAAACACCUCUCUUUGACAGAGAAGAUAAAACUCCUCAAGAUCAGCUGCGGACAUGGACCGAGACUUCUACAUUGCAGAACUUCGGGCAAGCACCCUGAAAAAGAAGUCUGGACAUCAAUAAUGGAAGAGUUUUCCACUACUGUCCGAGAGGGCGUGUUUAGGAAAUACACUGAAGUGAAGAAAGCCAACAACGCAAUGUGUAAAAAUCGCCGCAAGCAGACAAAAGGCGCUGUACCACCGAAGAGACGCUCUCGAAUGGCCGGUCUUGACAUGUGGAUCGACAGAUGGGUACGGAUCUGGAAGUGUCGUGACUUGAUAAUUAAAAUCGCCAACACUCAUCAAGUCAUACGCGAAACGAUAGGAGAGAAGAAGCUCAAAAAGAUAUUUGGCCAUAGAAUAGACGGAACCGAACUGCCUCAGGAGCUUGGCAUACUGACAUUCUCGGAUCCCCUUUGGAAAGCCAUCCAGAAGCAGAUUCGCACGGCAGAACGAUCUUUGAGAAGCCGCCACUAUUCUUUAUUUGUUAGCGAAGACGAAGACGAUUCGGAUUUUUUUGACGAUGAUGAACAAGACAAUGAUGCGGAAGUCGACCCAGGUACCGAAGGGCCACCGUUACAAUCGAUUGAGACGGAUGACCAACCCGUUACACCUCCACCUCCUCCAGCACCGGAAAAUCUACCAUCAAUGCGACCUAGUCAAAGCGUCCCAGCAGAAGUGAAGUCUCCAGGUCUUUCCCCCCGAAUACAGGCUAGGCUUGAGGAACUAGAGAGAGUUUAUUAACAUAAUUAAAGCGAAGAAAACAACGACAGGUGAGAAGAUAUCGGUCCUUCCAUUAACUGAGCAAAGUUCCAGCCAGCAGCAGGCAUCUUCACCACGAACACCCCUGCGCCCACAAGGGAACCUUGCCGACAACUCUUCGAAACCACGCUCGACAGACAAGGAACAACCUUAUACAACUGCUAUGCUUGCUAUCAAGACACCCAGACCUGUCCAAAGACGGAAUG